AAUUCACUUAUCACUUUUUCUCGAGAUCCCGCCAUCCCGCCAUGACUGACAAAAAGUCUGGUUCGCAAGCGACAAGCCACCACCUGCAACCACUCGACUACCCCGUACACCUCUGCUCCGGCCAUGAGGCUCUAUAAACGACGGUAAUAGAUCAUAUGCACCAUCGCCAUCAUGAGUUCCAUGUUCAAGAAAAAGGGCGGUAUGGCUUUCAAGCCGAAAAUGCCCCAGGCUCGUCCUCGAGCGCCUGGGGCUGCCGCGCCGCAGCCCCCGAGGGCGCCGUCGUCGACUGCGACCGAACCCGCGGCCGAGGCAGGGACUCCCGCCGUUCCGAGCGAUACGCCAGUGCAGGUGAUGGCCGGAACCAGCGCGGGAGCGAAGGAUCCCGCCGGAGAACAGCCCACCAACACCCCGCCAUCGACCGAGCCGAACACGAUGCCCCAACCACAACCGUCAGCGGAUGAGCCUGCUGCUCCUGCUUCGACAUCGAACAAGAGCAACCAGAGGAAAGCCGCCGAACCUUUCGCCAGCCGGCCAACAGCGCAGACGUCAACCGCCUCUGUGCAGAGCGCCCAGCAGCCAGCAUCGGCUGCCGGCGAAGCCCAUAUGUCCGAGACGUCAACGCCCGCCGCCCAGCUAAAUACACCACCCGCCACCGCCUCUUCCGUGACCGAGGUGGCUCUUACGACAGAAACCCAGGGCGACACUGGGGCUGUGCCAGCAGAUCAUGUACUGGACGCAACUACAAAAGGUCCCGUCAAGCGGUCCCGAAAACGAGCCACAGAAGCGGCCGAGACUGCUGCAGGAGCCGAAAACGGUACCGCGGCCCCGAAACCCAAGCGACCGCGGAAACAGAAGGAAGUCACCACGGAUGGCGAGGCGGCUCAGACACGGCCACCUCGGCCGAGGAAGAGGAGGACGACGGAGGACGGCACGACGACGGAGACGGAUACGAUAUCAAAGACGUCGUCGAGACCCCGCCGAGCCCGCUCGGUAACACCGGAGGACGCCGAGAACCAGGAGGCUGACCUCAGCACCCUCACUAUGGGGGACUUGACGAGGGACCUCCGUAUUGGCAAGAAGUUCAGCCGGCAUGAGGAGCUCCUGCAGCGCCAUCGCGAGAAGCAGGCGAGGGCCCGGGAGAGGCUCAAGGCCAAGAGGAACGGCUCGGAAGAUGUUGCUUCGGAGAGCGGGACACCUGCGCCAACGUCGAGCGGGCAGGCGACGCCCGCGGCCGCCCUCCCGCCGAAGCCGACCAGCAUGGUCUCGACAGGACCCCAAUUCCAGAUCAUCGACGGCCAGAUCGUGGUGGACCAAAACUCACUGAGCCUCGACCGUCACGCCAUCGCCGCUGCGGCCGCCGAGGGCGAGGACAUGCUCGAGAUCGAAGAGAACGACUUCACGACCCUCACGACGCAGAACAGCUACAGGACGGGCUCGAAGCUUAAGGGGCCCAACGUGUGGACCGAGGAGGAGACGGAGCUCUUCUACCGCGGGCUCCGUAUGUUUGGCACCGACUUUCAGAUGAUCAGCGGCAUGUUCCCCGGCAAGAACCGGCGGCACGUCAAGAUGAAGUUCAACCGCGAGGAGCGCCACGCGCCCGCGCGCAUCGACGCCAUCCUCGUCGGCAAGAAGGAGCUCCAGAUCGACCUCGAGGAGUACAAGACGUGGACCAAGGCCGAGUACGAACCCGUCGAGGCCAUCAUGGCGGCGCAGCGCGCGCAGCAGGCCAAGUUCGACGCCGAGCAGGCAAAGGUCAAGGCGGCCAAGGACGCCAUCAACGCCAGGAACUUUGCCUCCCUGCAGGACAGGGGCGAGGGCGGGCCUGCAAAUGAGUCCUCCGCGGCAGCGGGCAGUGGUGGUGGUGCGGCCGGCGGCGGCAGCGGCAAGUCCAGGCCGAAGCAGCAGGCCAACGUGGGCCCUCAAAUAACGGUCGACGCCGACGGCAUGAUCACCAUCGACGAGACCGACAUGGACCUGGACGCCGGGCGGGGCAAGAAGAGGGGCGCGGGCAGAGCCAAGAAGAAGGCCGUCGAGUACAACAUGCGCGGCGAGAUUAUCCACCGAUGAAGGCGCUGGAACGAACGGGGGCUACGCGGGCAAGGGAGUGGGAAACCGGAGCGGCUACCAGAGACAGAUACCCUUUGCUUUUUCACGAGGAAAAGAUACAACACAACACGGUCUUGGUGGGGGCACCUACAUUUGCAUCAGGCGGCGUCGGUAUUACGGUUUCUUUCUUUGGGUUAUGUAGUUUGCAGCGAGGGUUCAGGAAUCGAAUCGGAACACACACGGGCAGGACGCCCUGCGCACAGCCGCGGGAACACUCGCAAUAGCUUUUAUUGGAGAUCUUUAGGACCCUCUUUUCCAGCCAACGUGCUUUAACUAUACAUGUUUGCCGUC